AUGCAACAUCUCCAGGAGUCCAGGUCCAGCUGGGCCAGCUGGGCCAGCUUCAAAGGGGCGGGGAGUCGGGGUCCCUUGCAAAUCUAUGAUCUGAUAACUUCUUUAUCUCCAGGAGAGGCAACCAAAUACUGCAAGAUGCUGGGAGUAUGGGGAGACAUCCCACGGAAGGACAGGGGGAAAAAACUUGGAGUUGCAUCUGACAGUUCCAGGACUGCAUAUCCCAUCUUUCAUUCGGCCUCCUGCAGGUCAGACCGGACGAAUGACAUCCAGCCCCAUGCCGGAUACAGCAACGGCAAGUCACAUCACAUCACAUCACAUCACAUUGCAGGCAUCCAGAAGAUCUUUGGGGAAGCCAGGCAGGGGUGGUUGGAUCAUGAACCACAUAGAUGGAACGGGGUGGUCUGCAAAAGCCCCUUUUCCUCAAAUCUUUCCUUGUCAAACUUUGAUGUGUUGGGAUCAGUGCGGGGAAUUAGAUUGGAAUACAAGUAA